CCUCAGGUGCGCGCCGGUGCGCGCGGCAAACAAGCGACCGCUGAACGCCUGACGUCACGUCCGUCUCGACCCUUCAGACAAGUUGAGAAAGACGCACAAAAGUAUACUCGGAAAAAAAAAAUGUUCGCUUUCAAAGCAGCGACGCUGAAAAGUCGCACGUUCGUGCUCGGACUUCUGUGGACUUGCUGCAGGGCGCAACCGGAGGAAGACAAAGCCACACAAUUCUCAGGUGAAGGGGGCGGAGCUUUCUUCGCCCUGAGGAGCUGCCAUCAGAGUCUGGGCGGCGACGCCGGCGAAUUCUUCUCUCCUGACUACAUUUGCGCCAACCCGCCGCUGUGGUGCAACUGGACCAUCCGGGCCCGUGCCGGCACCCGGAUCCACCUGCACCUGCAGGACCUGACCCCUGACGAGGACUGCCACCUGAAGCGGGACCAGAUACACGUGGAUGAACCCCCCGGACCCUCCGCCGGUCACCGGGUCUUGCGGGGUUGCUGGCACGAAUCCACGUACACGUCCCGGUCCGACACAGUGCACGUGGUUCUGCUGAUUGGUGGGUGGCCCGUUCAGCAGUAUCGAGGGUUCUACGCACGCUACCGCAUUUUCGGACCUCCCGCGGCCCAUCUCCCGCCGGAUGUCGUGUCGGAGCAGAAAGGGAACCGGAACAGUCAAAUCUGGGACAAUCUAGGAGUGAUGAUGGCGGCCGAUUCCGAUCGCCAUCCCACGGCGUCCACUGCUGAGUGGUCCGCGGGGCCAGAUAUGCUGGCUCCGUCGUGGUUGGAGACCACGGCGCCGGCAGAGUCCCCGCACUGGACCUUCCGGGCAGAAAGAGGCGCCCCCCGAAUGCUCACAGACCCGUCCGACCCGGCGCGACCGUCGCAGGAUCUUCUGAGCAGACUCCCGGGCAGCUCCCUUCACACCUUGAACGCCAAGCGGAGGGACGCCGACCCAGAUCCAAAAUGGCCAGAAGAUGAACGGCAAACAUUUGAAACAGGAGAACAAAACGCGGAGGCCGUGGGGAGACCCUCGUUAUCAUCUGAAGAACCACCGGCGGGGCCUCUUCCACACCCAAACAUUGUGAAACCGCUUUCGGACCACCGAGUGAAGCUGAAUGUCUGGAAUGCUUCUCAAGUUCUACACGAGCCCGGCGAUCAGCUGUUCGAAGUGUCCGUGGAAGUCCAGCUCAGCCAGGACCAGAACCGGGACCAUUUGGAUGAAUUGCUAAUGAAGUCUGUCAAGGCUCUGGUCCUCCAACAUCUGAACGGGCUUCACAUCCCACUCAGCUUGACCUUCAAAAGAGUUAAAAGGCUUCGUGGGGGCUUGCUGUACAUAAUGUGGCUCAACACGGGGCAUGCUCACCUGUCCUCGGCCGUGCACCGGGACCUGCUAAAGCUGGUCGGUGGCGCCGUUGCCCGAGCCGGGGACCCGCACCACGGCGUCGUCGCUUCGGUCUCCGUUGGAGAUGUCAAUGAAUGCGGAACCCAGUUGGCUCUGUGCGACGUCAAUGCUGACUGUUUGGACCAGUUUGGGACGUACUGGUGCCGCUGCAAAGACGGCUUUCGGGACGAGUCGCCCUCGGGACCCAGAGGAACCGUCUGUGUGGACCACAAGCCCGCAGGUUGCACCGCGGGCCCGUCUGCCGAGACCAAAGCCGUGUACGUGCUGUUCUUCCUGCUCAGCUCGCUCCUCCUGACGUCGCUGGCGGCGGCGUGUGCCCUCUAUCGCCGCCACCGCCGGGGGGGCUUCUUUCUCCCCGGCCGGGACUCAUCCCGAGCCGAUCGGGGCUACGCCGACGCCUACGCCAGCCCCGCCGACUCGGACCUGCCGCCGCCUCCGCUGCCCGCCAGGGGGCCGCGGGAUGCUUGGACCCUCCAGAAGGAGCGACUCGCAGCUGUGGAUCUUCCGCUGCUUCGCUUCAGCCCGCUGACGCCGUCCGACGUCUACACGGACGCAGAGGAAGGUGGAAAGAAGUGAUUUUUUUUUUUACUUUUUUUUUUUUUGAGUGGUGGGGAGGAGGUAUUUUUUUUCUUUUGAGAAUUUUUCUGUGACAUAAUCACAAUAAAAAAACUGCAACAUUCGUGUUGUGGGUCAGCAGAUAACUCAAAUGCAACAAUUAUUUUCCUUUUAGUUAUUUGGAUUUAAAAACAAAAUUGUAUUUUGCAAGGAAAUGGAAGUAUGUACAGUAUACUAGACUGGGACAGCGUAAAAUUGCAUUGGGGGAGGGGGACAAGGCUGUAGAAUAAAGAGAGUCGAAACAC